AGAAAAUCACAUCAAAUGUCAAGAGAAAAAAAAGAAAAGAGAAAAUGGAAAAAGUUAUGAUUAUGAUCGAUAGAUGGCGAGAAGUGAUCGUUCUUUUUGUCAUAUCAAUUGUUUUGGUAAACUGACCUGAUAAAUCUUGAUUUAAUUAAAUUUACCUGGGAAUCUUAAAAGUUAAUUUGGUUUUAUUAGUGUUUAGCUAAUUACAAGGAUCAGGUUGAUACCUAGAUUUCAACAAUUCAACCGUCACUUAUAUUGUUCCAGACAAUCUUAGGACUGGACCGUUAACGAAUCACAACCAUGUGUUUUCUUGGUAAGUUUUGUUAAUAAUUACAUGUAUUAAAAAAAAAAUUUAAUUUAAUUUCUAAUUUUCUUUUAUUUUUAAUUUUAAUUUUUAUGUCAUACCUAAUGAGCCAACCAAUUUGGACCUUUGGACAAUCGCCAUAAUUUUGAAAAGGACUCUGGUCCGAGGAAAAUAUUUUAAGGAGAAAAAUUUUAUGGAAAAUAGCCUUUUAUUGGGAUUAGGCGAAUAGAAUUUUUGUGAAUUAAUUAAUAUUUUAUGUAAUUCGACCUCAGGGGAGAAAAUUUAUUAUUUAUUAUUUAUUAUUUUCUUUUCUUUUCUUCGUCCAUUAUUCCCUUCCUUGUCUCUUAUUUCCCUUUCCCUGGUACGGUCGUAUUUGCCGGAAACGAUGAAUUUUCAUUCAUCGAAGCCUCCCCUGAGGUCGCUGUUGAAGCUUAAAAUAAAAAUUGUGUUGCAAUCGGUAGAUGAUCAAUCCAAUGGGUGUUGUUAUUUUCAUCUUUAAUUAAUUGUUCUCAAUUAGUCCAAUUUUUUCACCUUAUUAUCUUGGUGUUAAUCAACGACGACUUUAUUCAGUUAAUCAACAGUUGAUCACGUUUAUCAUCUUAUUCACUCCAAUUGCCGGGUUUUCCUUUACCAUCCAAGUUAACAUAUUUCAACCUUAAUUCUAUUGAGAAUCACAUCGUUAUUUAUACUAUGCCAUCUGAGAUGAACAAAGUUGAAACUGAGUUGAAGACAUGGGUUGAUGCUUUAAGAGAAGACGAUGAUUAUGAGUAUGAGUCUUACGAUGAAGAUCCAAUUAUAAAUCAAAUACUUCCAACAACAUCAGCAAACACCGAUGGAGAUAAUGUCCCUUUCAAAUAUGACGAUGAUUCAGGUCCAGAUACCUCGAACAUCGAUAACAGUGAUUUCAAACAAUUAACUUUACUUCACUCGGGCCUUAUCCAUUUUACAUCUCGUCAAAAGCCUUCCUUACCAUCAAUGGUUUCCCAACGACAAAUUGGUUCUCUUACAACCAACGUACCCCGUUAUUCAUCACCCAAUUUAACCAAAUCAUAUAAAUGCCUGUUAUCGGAGAAAUAUUUACCUCGUCGAAUAAGUAGACUUGACAAUUAUUCGAGUAAAGCUUUUUGUGGUUUCUACUCUAAAGAGGGAGACAUGUUUCUAACCGCAUGUCAAGAUUAUAACAUAAGGAUAUAUGAUACCAAGAAUGAUAAUUUUAAGUUAAUGAAAACUGUUUGGGCUCGAGACGUGGGUUGGAGUGUAUUGGAUGCUGACAUGAGUCCUGAUGGGAGACAUUUUGUUUAUUCAAGUUGGUCAGAAUCACUUCACAUUUGUAACGUUCAUGGAGAGGAGGUUCAUGAAUCGUUGGCACUCAAUCCCAAUGAUAGACUAUUUUGUAUAUUCAGUUUACGAUUCAGUCAAGAUGGACGGGAAAUCAUCGGUGGAGCUAAUGAUGAAUGCAUGUAUAUUUUUGAUCGUCAAGCCAACACCAGAACCCAUCGGAUACCCUGUCAUGAAGAGGAUGUUAAUUCAGUUGCAUUUGCUGAUGGAACCUCUCAAAUAUUAUUCAGUGGUGGUGAUGAUACUUUAGUCAAGGUUUGGGAUCGACGUACAAUGAAUGACUCUAACCCUAAGCCCGUCGGUGUUUUUGUUGGCCACGUUGACGGAAUCACCUACAUUGACCCUAAAGGUGAUGGUCGUCAUCUGGUUUCUAAUUGUAAAGAUCAAACAAUUAAAUUAUGGGAUAUGAGAGUUUUCUCACCUCCAAGUGAAGUGAGCAAUUCUAAACGUAAUAUAAUCAAAAGUGAAUGGGACUAUAGAUGGCAAGCAUUACCUAAGAAAUUACAAGUCGCAAGGAAACUUGAUGGUGACACUUCAUUAAUGACUUAUCGUGGACACAGUGUCUUACAAACACUGAUAAGGUGUCAUUUUUCACCUUUACUGACCACUGGUCAGCGAUAUAUUUACACAGGAUGUGCCUCUGGACGAAUGAUAAUUUACGAUGUACUCACUGGUAAAAUAGUUCGGAGCUUCAUUGGACAUAAAGGUUGUGUUCGAGAUGUAUCUUGGCAUCCAUAUCUCCCAGAGAUUAUCAGCAGUUCUUGGGAUGGAUCUGUAAUCAAAUGGUAUUUCUCUGAAGAAACCGAAGCCGAAUCGAGUGCAGAUAACUGUAAAUACGUGAAAAAAUUGGGACGAAACUCUGGACGAAACAAGACACUUGAGGACAUUCCGUUGUAACAUAAUUAUCAUUAUAACUCAUCAUCAUUACUAAUCACAAUUAAUUAUUCAUUUAAUUAGUAUAAUCUACACACAACUAUCACAUUUACACAAAGAUUCAUACACAUUAACACACAACCAACACCAACCACAUGAAACAAAAUAAGGAAUCAAAGAAAUUACAACAAUUAAAUUAAUUAUACCAAACUUUUUCCUCUCUCUCUCUCCAUCUUGCUAUCCACUUUAAUCAACUAAUCACAAUUUAGUUAACACUUUCAACACUGUAUUAUAUUGUAAUAUGAUAAUCAAAACAAUAUAAUUGAUAUCAUUCUGUUGAAUUAAAUUUUAAUUGUUUCCAAUCAACUAAUAUAAUUUAUACAAUAAAAAACAUAAUGAUUAAAA